GCCUCGAUGGCCUUGGGUGACACUCGAGAUCUCGACAGUGCGGGUAAAAAUGGGCUCUAUCUCGGUGACUCCUUUGUUGUUGCCUUCGUUAAGUUGGGCAACCGUCGUGAGAAGUGGGCUGCAGGCUCAUGUCUGCUCCCGCCUGGCUACGGUCUGCCCGCUCUCGAAAGGACAACAGUUUCUCAAUCAUUCUGA